CUUCUCAGCAAAAGUGAUUAGCUUCUUACAGACCAACUGUGAUGUUAUGAGAGCCUUAACCAGAACAGCAUCUGAACCCUAUCGUGGUGGGGCCUUAAAAGCUACUGGUGAGACCGGUAUUGGAGGAAAGGAUAAAACUGAACAAAAGAAAGCAGGGCUGGGAUCUCCGUGUCUGAAAUUACCAAAAGGACAGUAUUUCAAAAAUGAUAGAGUUUCUGAGGAUUCCUCUUCAGACAUUGAAGCUGAUGGGUCACAGGAAUCUGAGACAUACACUGCGGAAAAUCAAUGGCUAUGGCGAGAUUAUAAUGGGAAGUGGAAUCCAUAUCCUAGAAAAAUAAAUGAUAGAAUCAACAAGUGUUACGACAGAAAUCCGAAGUCUACAGUGGUGGUUGUAUUAAACAAACAGAAUUACAGAGUUGUCAUGGCAAAGAAUACACAAAUAAAUCUAGAAACAAGAGAAACAUACGAAGUGAAACUGGUGAAUAAUUAGUGAUCUAUAUGGAUCAAACUAGACCCAUAUUUUAUUAAUUAUACA